AUGAUUUCCAAGAUCAUCGUUAUUACAGGUGGAAACACAGGGAUCGGACUGGAGACCGUCAAGGCACUCUACCACUCUAAUCAGAAUUAUCAUAUCCUACUCGGUGGCCGCAACUUCGAAAAGGCUCAGCUAGCAUGCCAGAAUGUUAUAACCGAAGCGGUACAGAACACUAUAGAGCCAUUCUUAGUUGAUGUCGAGAGCGACGAAUCGAUCGAAGCGGCCUUUAGUCAAAUUGCGGCCAAGUACGACCGAGUUGAUUGCCUGAUCAACAAUGCUGGCGCUUCCUUUGAUCCCUACAUUGACCAAGGCAUGACAGCCCGGCAGGCGUGGAACAUGUCCUGGGAUGUGAAUGUUACGGGCGCACAUAUCAUGACAACCAAAUUCCUUCCGCUGCUACUCAAGUCUCAAGACCCCAGGUUGUUGUUUAUCACCAGUGGCCUCUCCUCCCUGCAGGGUGCUUCUGAUCCUGAGGAUCCUAGAAAUACCUCUGCACCAGCCGGGCUACCCAAGGCCCUACCAUUUGUUGGAUAUCGAUCAGCAAAAGCCGGCCUCAACAUGUUGAUGGUGCAAUGGUAUAAUAUGUUGAGGAACGAUGGUGUGAAGGUUUGGGCAAUUGCUCCGGGAUUGUUGGCAACCUCCUUAGGGGGAGAUACAGAGCUGUUGAAAAGGCUAGGAGCGCAAGACCCUAAAGUUGGAGGUGAAGUUAUUCGCGGAGUUGUGGAAGGCAAGCGGGAUGGAGAUACCGGGAAAGUAGUGCGCGAGUACUCGUCGCCGAUUCAGCCUUGGUAA